CUAAACAUGUGUAUAUAAGCCUGUUCAGAUCCGAGCAGAGUUGUAUCCAUCCAGGAGUGCUGCAUGUACGGAGGGAUCAUGAAGUGUCUCGUCGCUGUUUUGGUCUGUGUGGUGCUCGUAGAGGGAAUCGUCAAGAUCCCUCUGCAGAAGCAGAAGUCCAUGCGUGAGGCCCUGAGAGAGAAAGGGAUCGAGCUGCCUUACCAGGAUCCUGCUCUCAAGUACAAUGAGCUUGCCAGCUCUGCCAACAUGUACAUCAAUAACUACGCCGAUACCACCUACUUUGGCGCCAUCAGUAUUGGAACACCCCCCCAGUCCUUCCAAGUGCUGUUUGACACCGGCUCUGCCAACCUGUGGGUGGACUCCGUCUACUGCAACACUCAGGCCUGCAACACACACACCAAGUUCAACCCCCAGCAGUCCUCUACUUACUCCCGCAAGGGACAGUCCUUCUACCUGCCCUACGGAGCUGGAAGCCUCUAUGGAGUCUUUGGAUAUGACACUGUCAAUGUUGGCGGUAUUGUGAUCAAUAACCAGGAGAUCGGUCUGAGCACAAACGAGCCCGGUCAGAACUUUGUGGUGGCCAAGUUUGACGGCAUCCUCGGUCUGUCCUACCCAAGCAUCUCAGCUGGAGGAGAGACUCCCGUCAUGGACAACAUGAUCAGUCAAAACCUGCUGGACUCCAACAUAUUCGCUUUCUACCUGUCCAGGGGAGGACAGCAGGGCAGUGUGCUCUCUUUCGGAGAAGUGGACAACAGCCUGUACCAGGGUCAGAUCAUCUGGACCCCCGUCACCUCUCAGACCUACUGGCAGAUCGGCGUUGACGGAUUCCAGAUCAAUGGUCGAGAGACCGGCUGGUGCUCUCAGGGCUGCCAGUCCAUCGUGGACACUGGAACCUCCAGCCUGACAGCCCCAAGCCAGCUUAUUGGUGACAUCAUGCAGGCCAUUGGAGCUCAACGGAACCAGUAUGGAAAUUACAUGGUGAACUGCGGCCAGGUCAACAACCUGCCGACUCUCAGCUUUGUCAUCAGCGGCGUUCCCGUCCCUCUGCCUCCUUCUGCUUACAUCACUCAGCACUACCAGAACGGAUACCAGUACUGCUCGGUGGACAUCCACCCCACCUACCUGCCCUCUCGUGACGGCCAACCCUUGUGGAUCUUUGGAGACGUGUUCCUCAGAGAGUACUACUCCAUCUACGACCGCACCAACAACCGUCUCGGCUUUGCUCAAGCUGCCUAAGUGUCAUCGGUGUAACCUACCCUGACCAUAAACCUGAUCAGAUCAUAAUGAUUAAGUCGGUGUCCGCCUAAAGCUUUGGUUCACCUCAAACAUCUGUUCUGUUAUAUAAUAUCGUUCUACAUGUCUUUUAUUGUACAUCCUCAAAUUGGUAGUUGGAUUUGUAUAUUCAUAAUAGACAAAGAAUUAAAUGUAUCCAUACAAUUGUGUGUCAUUCCCAAGCAGAAUAAAGGUUAAAGUGUUUGCUGCAA